AUGGCACCUCUCCCCUCCACCACGCACACUCUCACCACCCGCCUAAGCGCCCUUUCCGAAGCCAACAAAGGUGUCGGCCAACUCAUCCAACGACUAGCCAAGCUAGAUUUUCAGCCAGGCUCGCAGCCUCUCGACAAUUCUGACGAAGGCGACGUAAGGUUGGAACUCAGUGCCGAGAUACACGAGACUCUGAAGGGCAUAGAGGAGGAACUUGAACUUCUGAGGCAAGAGGUCGAGGACGUUACAUCACAAGGAGGCAUUACAGGAAGAAGACGGGAUAGCAGCAAGGACAGCGAGAGGAGUAGACUUGCUGUGCUACUUGCGAGAUUGACCGAGGACCUGAAGUUAUCGCGAUCACAAUAUCGGAAAGCGCAACUCACAGCCAAGCACAACGCCGACCGCGCAAAGCUCAAAGAACGCGAACUCCUCUUCUCCAACCUACAAUCAGGCUCCUCCACCCCAUCUUCCACAUAUCGCCAGAGAAAGCAACAACAAGGGCUAUCGGAAGGCGAAGUCGUCGCGCAAGCCUCCUCAGACGUCACAUCUGCUCUGCGCCGGACAGCCCAGUUGAUGAAAGACGAGCUAUCACGCUCACGAUUCGCACAAGAAACACUCGAACAGACCAACGCCGCACUACAAGACCUUGGGGAGCAGUACUCAGAUCUGAACACCCUACUAGCCAACAGCAAGAACUUGGUUUCGACACUCCUGAAGAGCACAAAGAGCGACACGUGGUAUCUUGAGACCACCUUCUACAUCCUCAUAACAACUAUCAUCUGGCUUGUAUUCCGUCGCUGGCUAUACGGACCGCUCACCUGGUUCAUCAUCUGGCCAGUCAAACUUACCUUUCGCAUCCUUUUCGCCGUCCUACCCUUCGGCGCCGCAUCCUCAGCCGCAUCCUCGAGCGUCGCGGUAUCCUCGUCCUCAAGAACCCUCAUCGUCCAACCUAGCGCAACAGGUGGCAUACCCCGACGCGAACCUAACGCCCAAGGACACUACAUACCUGUCGGUCGCGGAGGCGGAGUGAAUCGACAAGGCCAGGAUCCUAGUCCACAAGGCUCAUACUCGCAACAAGUAGGCAAGAUGGCGGAACAAAACCAACAACAGCAGCAAGAAGAGGUGCCCGACCACCCUCAAUUCAGACAACCGAGGAAGGAUGAAGACGAAGGACCGGUCACACUGGGCGACGGGACUGUGUUGCAGGAGAGCGAUAAGCCGAGAAAUCCAAAGAAGAAGAUGUGGGAGGAGGAUGUGGAGAGUGCGAAGCGUGAGGAGGCGCAGGCGCAGGAAACACCGGCACAACAGGAAGGAAGUGGACAAAGGCGGAAGAGAGAUGAGCUAUGA